GCUCGCCUCAUCAACCAAUCGGACAUUCCACGCCCCCCCGAGCUUCUCGCCGUGUUCCGAGUUUGAAAUUAAAGCGGCUGAAUGUAGCAGCGGCAGCCAGAGCGGAGAGAACAGAAAAGACAGAAGCUACUAUGCCAUGCUUACCGCAAAGCAACCCUAACCCUUCAAUAACUAUAACUAUAGACUCAGAUGAUGAAUCGGUCUAUAGUGACUACCUCAGUCCCGAAAUUAAUUACAAGAGUGAUGCUCGGGUACAGUUCAUAGGGGACGAUACAAGUUUGUAUGGAACACCUAAAGAAGAGCUUUUACCGUGCCGUGAGGAAAACGUUACCGUUGAAAACAGUAAGUCUAGUCCGACUAGUUUUCUAAAAGACCAGAUCUACUCAUUCUUCCAGCCAUCGGAUAACAAAUUAGCUAUGAAGCUUUUCGGAAACAAAAAUGCACUCUAUAAAGAGAAGAUGCGUCACAAGAGGGUCGGCAACUGGGUUAUACACCCGUGCAGCAACUUUAGGUUUUAUUGGGACCUCUUCAUGUUGGUCUUGCUUAUUGCAAAUCUUAUAAUUUUACCCGUAGCAAUAUCAUUUUUUAACGAUGAUCUCAGCACACACUGGAUAGUAUUCAACUGUAUAUCAGACACUGUCUUCUUUCUAGAUAUAAUCAUCAAUUUUAGAACAGGUGUCAUCACAAAUGAUUUUGCAGACGAAAUCAUAUUAGAUCCAAAACUCAUAGCCAAACAUUAUAUAAGAACAUGGUUUUUCUUGGACCUCAUAAGCUCAAUUCCAAUGGACUAUAUCUUUCUCAUGUGGGACACUGAGGCUAACUUCAAUCAAUUGUUCCAUGCAGGCAGAGCAUUACGCAUGUUGAGACUAGCCAAGUUGCUAAGCCUUCUCAGGUUGCUACGGCUUUCCCGGUUGGUCAGAUAUGUACAGCAAUGGGAAGAGAUGCUGAGGACGACAGCCGUGUGGAAGAUGGAGGGUCAAACAACACCUACGUACAGUGUGUAUUAUCUUGCAAACAUUUGUCAGGACAAGAACAACGGAAACACUCGGAGAAAAAAAUUCUUAGCGCUGGCUGGCAAGUUUAUGCGAAUAUUUAACUUGAUAUGCCUGAUGUUCCUGCUUGGUCACUGGAACGGUUGCCUGCAGUUCCUCGUGCCCAUGUUGCAAGAUUUCCCCAAAGAUUGUUGGGUGUCCAUUGAAGAAUUGCAGGAAGCACAUUGGGCUGAGCAAUAUACUUGGGCUCUUUUCAAGGCUUUAUCACACAUGCUGUGUAUAGGGUAUGGCCGGUUUCCACCGCAGAAUAUGACUGAUACCUGGCUCACAAUUCUUAGUAUGCUUAGUGGCGCCACCUGCUACGCACUAUUCCUAGGUCACACGACAACACUUAUACAGUCUUUUGACACAUCAAGACGACUCUACAACGAAAAGUUUAAACAAGUAGAGGAAUAUAUGGUGUGUCGCAAACUGCCUCGAACACUUCGUCAGCGUAUUUCCGAUUAUUAUGAACAUCGGUUCCAAGGGAAAAUGUUUGAUGAAGAUACCAUCCUUGGUGAAUUAAACGAAUGCUUACGGCAGGAAGUUAUAAACCACAACUGCAGAUCUUUGGUUGCUUCAGUACCAUUCUUUACAAACGCAGAUCCACAGUUUGUUUCUGAGGUAGUCAGUAAGCUCAAAUAUGAAGUGUUUCAGCCUGGUGACUAUAUAAUUCGAGAAGGAACAAUUGGGACGAAGAUGUAUUUUAUACAAGAGGGAAUAGUUGAUAUUAUAACAAAGGAAGGUGAAGUUGCUACGAGCCUCUCGGACGGAUCUUAUUUUGGCGAAAUUUGUCUUCUUACUAAUGCGAAACGUGUGGCAAGUGUUCGAUCUGAGACUUACGUGAAUUUAUAUUCAUUGUCAGUAGAACACUUCAAUGCAGUCCUCGACAACUACCCAGUAAUGAGACGAACAAUGGAAAGUGUAGCUGCCGAGAGACUUUCAAAGAUUGGCAAAAAUCCUAGUAUUGUCAGCAGUCGUGCUGAUUUGGAAGAGGAUCAAAAAUUAGUUAAUGAGAUUGUCAUGGAGUCUACCCCCAUUCCCACCAGUGCUAGCGAAGAUGAAGAUAGAGAAUCUGAUGACAGUUAUGAAACGAAACCUAAAAAGAAAUUCAAGUUUGAUUUUCCUCUAACUCUUCAGAAAAUAACUGAAGAGCGAAAGUCAAAAUCAAAAGAGAACCUUGCUAGAAUGGCUGGUGAUGAUAGGGACGACUAUAGGCCAUCAAAUAUCUUUAGCAGGUUACCCAAAGUGCAUUCUGGGUCAAAUCUUUUUGGUUUAAGAGUUCCCCAAAUGCCUGAUCGUAAAAGAACUGGUAGUUGCGGAGAUGUUUUAGGAAUCAUCAGUGAAACGAACAAGGACAUUAAAGAAUCAAAGGAUGAAAAGAUGUCUCCAGAAAAGAAAAUGAAGGAUGAUAAAGAGAAGGAAGAUAAGGAAGAGAAAGAAAAAGAUAAGACAAAAGAAAAAGAACACGAGAAAGAAUCAGAAAAGGAGAAAGAGUCGGAGAAAGAGAAGGAGGAGAAAGAGAAAGACAAAGACAAGGAAAAACAUCAAUACCACCAUCACCACCAUCAUUCCAUUGUGAAAGAUGAUAAAUGUCGUGAACGUAAACCAAUUUUAAAGCAAACUUCUCAAGAAGACAAGAAAGAGCACUGUUCUACCGAUGAAGAUGGUAAUAAUGAGAGAAAAAAACCAAGUUAUUUGGAAAAAAAGUUAAAAUUAACUGAUGGGUCAAGUCGAGAUCACAAAGCUCGCAAAUAUAGAGAACGUAAGACUCCAAGUCUGGAUGAAAGGUCAGUGACUUUUGAAAGCAGACCUGGUAUGCAAUAUUUGAAACUUCCUGGAGACUCUGGAGUUUCUUCUGAUAAAAUCAAAGGAAAAGUAUCUGAAUUAUCAAAAGAGCAAAGACCUAGAUCAAAGAGUGUAGAUAUUAAAAGUAAAACGCUGGACCAAAAAACUGAGAAAAAGGAUGAUAAAGAAAAAGAGAAAGAUGACAAAGAAAAAGAAAAAGAAAAAGAGCAGGACAAAUCAGAAAAAUUAGAUAAAUCUUCAAAUGGUAAAUUUCAGGAGAGUAAGACAGAAAAGACUAAUGUUGAAAAAUCUUCUGAUGAAAAAACAGAAAAAUCAGCAACGAAGGCAAAACCAGCAGCACCGGUCAGUGAACAGAGAACUGGCAGGAUAAGUCCCAGUAAAGCAAAACCAAUUACUGGUGAAGUUAAAGUAGAAAAACCAACUAUAGGAAAAUUAAUAACCUUAGAUAUUAAGAAACCUGGUGAAGAAUAUCCAGAUUCUAAAGAAUCUCCAGUUUAGAAUGUGAAAAAAAUAUAUAGCAAUAUCAUCUGGUUUACCCAUUUUCAUCAGGGUAUUUACAUCUGGUUUUUUUUUCAUUUUUGUUACUUUUGUUUUAUUUUUUAUUUUUAAAUAACGUCACCAUUUUAAAAUCAUGUGAUGUAAGCUACAGCUAUGUAACUAAAAAAACAAAGUUAGCAUCUUGCUGUAGUUUGUGAUAAUUGAAAAGGUUUCUCUCUAGACACGACUGAUUGAUGUUCCAUUCAAACCUUCUCGUCUUUAAGGUGGUCAGUAACUUAGAAUAAAACAAAAAAGAAAAAUGAAAAAAAAAGCUAGCAAUUUUUUUUUUUUUUUUGCUAACUAAGCACUCUUCAGGAAUGUUGGUAAAUGACUACCAAAGUACCAUUCUAUAUAGCAAUGGUAAAGUGGGAGUAAAAAUAUACAAUACAACAACCUAUUGAAGAAGGUGUGGGAGUGUAAAGAAAAGAAGACAUAAAAUAUGUUUUACAAGCCCAGGGAACUGUAAAAGUGCCUGUAUUGGAUAGAUUACAAUAACUUAUGACUGAAUGGGUCGUCUUUUGAUGAUAACAGUUAUUCAAAGAUUGUACAAAAAAACUAAAAGAAAACAAAAAACAAACCGAAAAUUUUGAAAAACAAAAAUCCUAGUUCUUAUAGAUUAGCCUAAGUAGCGCCUCGCUAUGCAAAUUAUUUUGUAGGUAACCAUGGUGCUUUGUGGACAACGACUGCGGAUAAAAUUAGUGGUUGACAAAUUUUGUUGAAAGGUGUCUUUAUGGGGCACUCAGGUGUAUAUAUUUAAAGGUCCCUUGUAUUUUUAGUCUUGGGGGAUCUUUUGGUUGUUUUUGUUUGAUUUUUUAAAAAAUAUUUCUAUAAGUUAAUAUUCUGCCAUGGUCUUCACACUAUUUUUUGGGGUGUAGGUUUUUGGUAUGAGUCGGCGCCUAAUUAAGG